GAUGCAAACAGAUGAAACUAGCUGCUUUGGCUAACUGUAUAAUAACCCAAAAUUCAUCGAUUCUUUUUGUGUUUAAGGUGGAGUCACCCUUGGUUACAAGGACAAAACAUGCACCUAAUGUCUUUUCACAGAACGGCAAUCAGCCUUUUCUUAUGCAAGGUCUGAAGUUCCAGGUUGCAAGCAUGUAACAGCUGUUUCAUUCCAUUCCAUCCGAACUUGUUGCGAUAUUUCUGUUAGUUUAUUGCCUCUUAAACGGUUGAUUUCCAUGUUUGAUUCAUUUAAGUUUGAAACGAGCUAAAUACAGAAGAAGGGUUCAUAAAUUAUUCCCAUCGUGGACAUGGAGGCAAUGACUGGCUAGUUACAGUUUUCUUACUAAAGCUUCCGUUUUUCCGCUGCUUACUGGUGACAUUUGGCUCAGACAUCGACGACAUUAGAAUGGAUGCCACAUAAUGUAACAAACUAGCGUUUGACUAGUUAGCGCACUCCAUUGGGGUUAGAGUAAGCUGCUUGAAAUAACAAACCUGCGCGUGACUAGUGAGGAGGACUAGAAAUUAGUAAACUUAAAAGGAGGGAAUCUGUAACCGUUGCAGACUGGGAAGCUAUAUGACAGACAAUACUGAAGCCUUACAAAGGUUCAUCAAGUUAGGCAUUACAGUGACAACAAAAUGGAAGCUGCAAGACAUUCUCAUUCCUCCAUGCCUCUUGUUCCUAGAUUGGAUCAUUUGGAUUUCGUAAUGAAAUAUUUAGAAGGAAAACGACAUUUACCAAAAUGGCGAGGAAAUUGUUCGGUUGAAGGUGCUGGGAGGCAAUCCAUGCCGAUGGAUUUGGCAGUGAAGGAGGCUUGCCUUAAAGGGUCACUGAUGGAUCGAGUGGCAUGUCUUGAACAUAGGCUUUUUCAGCUUUGCCUAGAGAUGGACUCCAGCAGCACAUCAGCCGCUUCAUCACGGGCAUCUGGGGAUGCAUCUUCUGGGCAAGGACUGCCAACUUUCACGCUAGCAACUUUUAAUAAUCCAAAUCAAGGACACAAAGAGGAGUCCCUAGACCAUGCUAACAGGGUUGAACUUCAGUCUCAGAUACAAGAACAAGAGAGGAAGCAUUCGAAACCUACGAAGCAAGAACUUGGGAAGAAUAGGCCUAACAGAGAUGAUAAGAAAUGCAAAAAUGGGAAGAAGAAAGUGCCUCCCAAAUGGCCUCGCUUGAAACUCUUAGGGUGUUAA